AUGUCCGACCUCACACUCGUCGUGCGCCCUCGUGGCCGUCCGAUUAAGAACCUCCCCGAGACCAUCACCGUCUCUGCGGAUGCCUCGGCCGCCCAGAUCUUCGAAGAAAUCGCAAAGGCCUCCAGGUUCUCAAUCCACCGAUUGAGGGUCACCAAGGGCAGCGACGGAUCGCCAAUCAACAAUGUGCGAGACGUGAAGGUUCACGACACGGGCCUGCGGAACAAGAGUGCUGUGGAUGUUAAGGAUCUAGGUCCCCAGAUCUCAUGGCGCACCGUCUUCAUCGUCGAGUACCUCGGACCCCUCCUCAUCCACCCGCUCAUCUACUUCGGCCGCUCCCUCAUCUACGGCACCUCAGCUCCUCCGUCGCAGCUCCAGAAGCUCACCUUCCUCAUGUGCGUCGCCCACUUUGCUAAGCGCGAGUUCGAAACUCUCUUCGUCCACCGCUUCUCGUCGGCCACAAUGCCUAUAAUGAACAUCUACAAGAACUCUGGCUACUACUGGCUCCUUUCGGGUCUGAACCUGGCAUACUGGAGCUACGGUCCCAACAGCCCGGCUGCUAGACCUUCCAACCCGCUUCUCACAUACCUUGGUGUGGCCCUGUUUGCCAUUGGCGAGGUUUGCAACUACAGCACGCAUUUGACGCUCAAGAACUUGCGCCGCCCCGGCAGCACUGAGCGCGGUAUUCCCAAGGGACUGGGCUUCGAUCUAGUCACCUGCCCCAACUACAUGUUCGAGGCAAUGGCGUGGAUUGGCGUGGCGCUGGUCAACUGGAGCUUGAGCACCGUUCUCUUCAUCAUCGUGGCUGUGGGACAGAUGGGUGUUUGGGCAUGGAAGAAGGAGAAGAGGUAUCGCAAGGAGUUUGGAGAUAAAUACAAGAGGAAGAGGUACGCUAUUCUGCCUGGUAUCUGGUAGAAGAUACCUGGUAGGAUGACGGUGUCAGGCGACAGGCGUGGGGCUACCAGCAAGAUUGGCGCCUGGUGAAUGCUUGGUGUUCGUGGGCACAAGCCAAUGAUGAAAGAGGGAUGGUGUGCGGAUGGCGGUGGGAUUGAACCAGGGUUACGGCGAGGCGCACUCGAAGGAUGAGGACGUGAGGGCUGUCACACCGGGCUCAGAACGGUAGCACCUCCGCAGGUACCCGUAUCUAGCGCGUCGAUGCCUAUAGGUACUAACCUUACACUAAUACAUCCCAUCGUCCGUAUGCUGAAGGGCGUCGUG